AGGACCAACCUGUAGCCGGCGAAACGUCGGAGGAAGGCGAAUCGCCGGCGAAGUUCUUCCUCCAUUUCCACCUUCGUUCCGGCGGCUUCCAAUCGAUGGAUCCCAUCGCGAGAUUUGGAGCUCCGGUUAUGGAAACCCUAGCUCGCUCCUCGCAUUUGCAUGGCGCCAUACAAGGAAACAAAUCCGGCACUCCGGGAAACUAUGAUACCGCUCUUGAAAGGAUGGAUGCAGUUGGUCGGAUUAAUCAGGUGUGAGCUGCAUUGGUGGAGGUGAUUUUUUUGGGAAGUCAGUUGAAGACGGGAGAAUGGCGGACUCGUUGUCCAGGCAUGAAGCUCAACUUUUUGGCAGGACAGUAACUGGCAAAUCCAUAUGCAAUUAAUGCAUUUAAAAGCCAUAUCAGGCAAGAAGCUGAAACCUGGAAGUUGUUUACAUGGAUCGAUUGCCUUGGCCUUCUUCUUCAACAUCCUCCUCCACCUCCUCCUCUCCACCUAAGGCGCAUUCAUUGUCAAUUGGUGUGGAAGUCUGGAUGAUGGCUGAGCAAAGGAUUCAAGAGAUACUAUCUACGAUUCAACCAACCCCAGUUUCUGAGGAAAAAAGGAAGCAGGUUAUUGAGCAUGUUCAGAGAGUUAUCAGAGGUCAUUAUGGGACUGAGGUCUUUGCAUUUGGUUCCGUGCCUUUGGGAACAUAUAUCCCUGAUGGAGAUAUUGAUUUGACAGUUCUUUGCUAUAACGAUGAGGAAGAAGCUUUUGCCAUAGAGAUCUGCAAAUUUUUGGAAAAUAGAAGGAGGGAUCCAGACUUCCAAAUAAAGGACAUCCUUUAUAUUAAUGCUCAGGUAAAGAUUGUAAAAUUCUGUAUGGAGAGCAUAGCGGUGGAUAUAACUUUCAACCAGCACGCUGCGCUGAGUACUCUGUGCUUUCUGGAGCAGGUUGAUGAACUAAUGGGGAAAGAUCAUCUUUUCAAACGAAGUGUUGUCUUGACCAAAGCCUGGUGUUUCUACGAGAGCCGAAUUCUUGGUGCUCACCAUGGCCUAAUUUCAGCAUAUGGGUUGGAAAUGAUGGUCUUGUACAUCAUCAAUCUCUUCCAUUCAUCUUUGAAUGGUCCUUUAGGGGUAUUAUACCGGUUUCUGGACUACUACAGCACAUUCGAUUGGGACACUUACUGUGUGAGUGCAUAUGGUCCAAUUGCAAUAUGUACGCUCCCAAUAGAAGAGCUGCCAGAGAAUGAUGGUGGUACUUUACUCCUUGGUAAGGAGUUUUUUAGAAACUGCAAGGCAAUGUUCUCUGGCCCAACUAAUGCACUUGAGACAAGAGCUCAGGGGUUUCCUGUUAAGCACCUAAAUAUUCUGGAUCCUUUGAAGGACAACAACAAUCUGGGGCGUAGUGUAAAUAAAGCAAAUUUCUAUCGGAUGAGAUGUGCACUUGCUUAUGGGGCCCAAAAGCUUGGAGAGAUUCUCAUGCUACCUGGACAGAGAUUGCUUGAAGGGAUAGAGAGUUUCUUUCAGAACACUCUGGAUAGAAAUGGAAGAGGCAUGAGGCCAGACAUAGAACUUCCAGUUUCUGUAUUUGGCACUGGAACAAUUGAAGUAGCUGAUCUGGCUGGAGAUUUUCCAAGUUACUAUAACAAUUUAGUUUGUAGUCAGUGGCAUUAUGAGCACAACUUGUUUGCUGAUGAGCUGAAUACGCCACUAUCAGUUCAGAACAACAGUACAUGGGAUGGGCUACAGCGAUUGCCAAGUCGCAACCGAGCUUCACUCUUUCGAAAAGGCACAGAUGUUUUCUUCCCAAAGCCUGUCAACUGCUAUGCAAGUACUAUUGGGCUAUCUGCUGCCUUGUUGGAGACUGAAGAAAACGUAAACAUACGUGCGAACAAUCCUCCUAACCGUGCAACAGGUCCUUUCACCCACCGUGCUAUGAGCCAUCGAUUUGACAGAAGAACGCGGCAGUGGACUAGGCUGAUGAGUCCCGGAUCUACUGCCUGGGAUGCAGAAGCAAAAACAAGUGAGAUGGGAAACCGGGAUGAGUUUCUGGAGAUGGAUGGGGUUGAAAAUUGUCUGAACUGUACAGCAAUUCAGAUGGAAAAACAAGACGCCAGGGAAACUGAGAGCUGUCUUGAUCUCUCACUUGAGGCUUUCCCGCUUCUUCCGCGCCGUGAGAAGUCAACGCAGCAUACCUUCAAGUUUGGUACUUUCGAUUGCCCUGGACUGGGUUAUUCAGGUCAUUUUGCCGGGGAGUCAUCGGGGAGUGUGCCAAUAACGGAUGUUAAGGAGCAGCUAGGUUCAUCACUGGAGAGCGUGACUCUGACUCAAGUUGUCCAGUGCGAUGAUAAUGACUUUCCGCCACUGUCCCUGUGAUGGAUUGUUUAGCAUAUGGGUGAUAUGAGACGUUUGCUGAACAAAGAGUUCUAUAUCUUGAGCCUGAACUUCAGUUUAUACCGGUUCUGAUUUUAACAUAACCAGACCCGGUUCUUUUCUUUUUCUCCAAAGACGUGACAAAUCAUCUUAGGAACGAGCGAGCUGCAAAUGGUUUACAGAUGUUUUGUGCUCCCGCCAUAUUAUUGGUGAGUAGAGGUAAUUGUCUGAGACAUUUUUACUAGGUGGUGUUAACAGAAGACCUUGAGACAAUUUGUUUCUGGUUUCUGUGACUGGCCUUUAUUGGAACUAAUGAUGUUAUCUA